AAUUUGUUUUUGAAUGUGAAUUUAUUCUGAAGUGAAAGAUUAUGCAGUGUUGUUAAGUAAAGGAGAAGGAAAUAGAAUAAGUGAUUCAGGAAAGUCCAAAGCACACCGAGACUGUGAAUCACAUCCUUUGUUCUAUCUCCCAAAGCAAAAACGCUAUGUCGUGUGUUUAUGUUUAUAUUUUUUUCCCCUCCUCUCUUUAUUAUACCCCUCUUGUAAGCUUGAUUAGUUUCGAAAGAUAUGGAAAUGGGGAGAAUUCAAUGCGUCAUUUUAUACAUCAAAUGAUGUUUGACGGCCGAGUCGAGUGUUCUAAUCACAACACCGUGUGGCAUGCUCGGGCACAGCAAUUUUUUGUGUCUCAAAAGAAUAUCACAGCACUGUGUCUCAAGUGCGGUACAGUGCCGUUUGAAUGGAAAACGGCUAACGCUGGCAGCAAGUUUUGGAAUACGGCCGUAGAGGAGUUCUUGGCGAACAUAACCUAUAAUCCAUGUUGUGAGUGUGACAAAACACCAACCGAAGAAAUGUUUAGAGGACAAAUACUGAAGGAUAAAACGUCUCCAGAGAAAAGCAGACAGAGAAUUACGAAAAAUAAAGUAUAUUGCGACAUGCGAGUCAAAUCCGCAGUAAUCGAAUUACAAGAAAUGUUUCACAUACACGGAUGGGAUUGAGUUAGCCGAAAAUGUGAAGACAAUUAACUUCACAGUUAAUUUUUUGAUGCGUGAAAACGACGAUUUGAAAAGACAAUUCAAGAGUCAUCGUCUCGAAGCUAACAUUUUCGACGAAGAGCUGUAAAAUCAAUUAAAUGAACACAAUCAAUCACGGGAAUUAACUAAAGCACCAGACAACACGGAAAAUUGUCUAGUCAAUCGAUAAGGCGACGCGGAGCUCAUUCUCAUAAAGCAUCUUGCCUAUGCUUAUGCCUUGAUCAAAGAAUUACAAUUGGUUCAAGAUAGAGGAUCGACGAAAACAGAUUCCACGAGUAAAGAUGAAGCUGUGAGUUUUGUAUUUGACAAAUUAUUUUUCAUCAUUAAAUAAAAUGGUGAACAUGAGUAAUUUGCAUAUUUGCUAAAUAAAUAUUUUCUCUAUAAUAAA